AUGAACCCAACAGCUGGUGCCGGCAACACCAAGCCCAAGGUAUUCGAUAAAGAGGGCGCCGUUGGCAAGCAGUUCACAGAGCAAGGCGCGAUAGGAUCAAUGGGGCAGACUAUUGGCGGUCCUCUGGAUAAAGAGGGAAUGAUUGGCAAGCAAUUCACUACAGAGGGGGCUAUUGGAGGCACAGCACAAUCCAUGAUGGGUGGAAAGAAGAGUACAUGA